AUUUUCGCUCGCCGGACUUCCGUUCAAGCUAGCGGCAAUUAGCCACAGCCUUUUUGCUCGUAAACCUUCCUUUCGGCCAUAAAGCACGGUCAUAUUUAUUUAACAAGUGCUUUAUUGAACAGGUCACUUUCAAUAAGAUGGUCGUUUUGACAAAAUACGACGAAGAGCAGGAUUAUAUCCUGAUCGAGGAGCGUAAAUGCACCUCCCUGCCCAACUCUCCAGCCAAGCGAGUGUGUCCCAGCAAAAAGAAGCAGUUUUACAUCAACCAAGCCAUCCGCAACUCUGACCUUACUCCUCGAGCCAAAGGCAAGAAGAGCCUGCGUCGACAGGAGAACACGCGCUAUCUUACCAACCUUCUUGAGAGGGAGGAGGAAUGUUCCAAAGAUGAUCUCGAGGUUUGCAGUAGUCCAGCAAUCCCGUCCAUCUUCACCGAAGCAUGCACUAACGACAACUACAUUGAGCCUUGGAGCGACUUCAUGAAUUGUUCAGGAGAAGAGCAGGAGAGACUUUUGUCUUUGCUCGAGAGAGAAGUGGCCAGGAAGAAACAGGCCAGACAUCUCCUUAAAGAUCAGCGGAAUGUAAAUCCUGCCUUCACAGCUCAAGAAUGUUUCCAGAGAAUCGACCGGAGACUGCGAAUAACUUUGAGACGAAAACAAAUCCCAGUGGGAACUCUGGAAGUCCUUGAAGAAAACAUUCUGAGCUUCUUCGUCACUCAGCCUCGCUCAGUUUACACAGCCAACCUCUCCAGCAGCUUUGAAAGGCUGCUGCUCCAUGCUAUCUGCCAGUACAUGGACCUUGUUUCUUCAAGUAGUGACAUGAAUGGGUCACGUCAGACUGAAGUGGUAAACAAACAAGAGGACUUCCUGCCUCCCACGCCUCUGCUAUCGGCCUACUUGGAACAAAGAUGCUGAGGCGGAGGCUACGCUCACCUGCAGGCCUUAAAGUAAGCAGGGGCCUGCGACAUGAACGUCUGCAAGGUUGACCCCGGGUAGAAAAAUUGCUCUGGUCUGUUAGGAAGCUGUUAGUUCUGAAUAUAUCCAUCACUUAAAUCAUUUAAUUGUGUGUCACACACUGCAUCAGUCACAGUGUAGGACGGCACUUACGAAUAAAAUGUCAUAGUGUAAGGGAAUUCAAAAGUAGUUGAUAUUACUCAAGGCUUUAUUAUGGUGUUUGUGCAUGAAUGUGAUCGUGAUGCCGUAAUGCACUUCAUGAAUAUUAUACUGUACUAUUGCUACUACCCCACUGCUAAAAUAUUAGUUGCAUCCCAUCGCGAUGUCUUCGCUGCCUUUGCGUGAUUGUUUUUGUAAAAAGAUUUAUUUGCAACAAGCUUUAUAUUUUCUUUUUUGGUUUGUAAAAAAAAAAGCACAUUUGACCAACGGUGAAUUUAUCAAGCUACGUAAUCGAAUGCGUAACAAAAUCAAGAAGCUAUCUCAUGGGAUACAUUGUAGACUGUAGACAUCUACAGCUGUGCAUUUCUAAUUAACAAAUACUUAAGUUUUAUUAUGAAAUUAACUCCAUAUUUUUAUUUACACAUUAUUCUCUGCUUGAAAUGUAAAAUGUCUGCUUUUUACAGCAACAUUAAUAUUAAGUGGUAGCUAUUUGCUCCUAUAACCCCGCAUUUCUACUGGUGGCGUAACAGCUGCAGAAGGUCUCCGCCAUCUUUUACGAGAUCUUGCGAAUCCGUGCGUAAUCGCGUGAUAAAGGGGGUUGUAGUAAAGGGAACCACUAACAUCAUAUUCUGUCCGUCCGGAGGAGCAGAAGCAAAUAAACUUGGUCCUGCUAUUCGGGAUAUGUAACGGCUGCUGAACGGCAACACCGCGGAACGUCUCGACCUUUGCCGUCCAUCAAUACCAACAGGCAGGCGUCUGUGACGGCACAGACUUGACUCGUGGAAAAGACGACAGUUUUACCUUGCAGAACGACAACUUUAUUUUUCUAUUUGUAGCAAGCAACAACACAACAGUGGUAUCAUCCCUGGUGAGCGUUACACACACACAAACCUCAUUUAAUCUCUUGCUUACCGCUUCCCGGACCCCUGUAUCAGCUAGUAUUUGACAGAGAUCCCCAAAUAGCUGUCCAGAAUGUGACUGUAAUAUGAUUCUUUGAUUUUGGAUCUCCAAAAAUCAGCAUGUCCUCAUUUAUUUGUGUCAACAUGUAGGCCUGGGCCGAUAUUCGAUAAGUCCAUUAACCGAGCGAUAGAUGAAAAUUUAGUUGGUAACUUUUCCAUUGUCUGUAAUCGUCAUAUAGACUUUAAACUUAGACUUCCUUUUUAUUGUCAUUCAGAUUUGAACUUCACAGUACAGAUAAGAACGAAAUUUCGUUGCAUUAGCUCAUGGUAGUGCAGGAUAAAAAAGCAAUAAGGUGCAUAUAUAAGUAAAUAUAUUACUGUACAGAUAGAUAUAUUGAACUUUUUCAUAUGCAUCCACGUUUAUGGAUGUAUGUUAUAUUGUCUUUUUAUUCCAGGGAGUUAAUCCAUUUUGGGGGGAAUUGAGGGGAUAGUUAUGAUGCGUUAUAUGCAUGUAUUGUUAUGGCUGCAAGAAGCAGAGUAGGCACUCUUAGCAGCAGCUGCGAGCGUUAGUACGACAUGCACAUAAACAGUAAAUAUAACCGCUUCAAAACUACCGACGGUUAGUAUUACUGUAUUAAAUUAAAAUUAUUGAAAAGCCGUGGUCGACAAUUGCACUGUGAUAAGCUUACAGGAGGACUAGUUUUAGCUUGCUACCUAGCGUAAAUGCCAACAUGAACGGGAGACAUUAACAUAUUUUCCCAUUAAGAAACGUCAUACUCCAGUCUAAACGUGUAUGAACACCUUCAUGUCUAAACAACUAAGAAACAGUUUUCUCAUUGAACAUAAAGGCUGUGCUGUCUUUACACAAAGAUAUUGAUGUAUACGCCCCAUUCUAAAAUGUUUAAAAAAUAAAAUGGAAAAAGAUAAACAUACUUAAAAACACAAAUUAAGAUAAUAUGGCUGUUACGAAGCCAGAACAAUAUUUGAUGUUUCCUCUGCCAAGAAAGUGUAAAAGAUGUUAGUGUGUGUGCAAGUACUUUUUGAGCACAUUCAACAAUACCACAGAAAUAAUAACUGUGAGGAUUUUGGUCACUAUAACUUUAUGUAUGGUUUUGGUUGUGUAUAUUUGAGGAUGCCCUACCCCCUCCUUAACAGAGACAGAACCUAUUUUAUUGCUUUUGGUUGUGAUUUUUAUUCCAGUGCAACAUUUUGCUAAAUUAUUUUUAUUAUUGGUUUGUUUUAUUUAACUUGGAAAUGUUCAAGUGUUCAAUGUUAAAAUAUACCAGAAAUACAAGUUUAUUGCAUUUAAAAGGGUACACUUGCAUUGUUAUUACCGUAUUUUUCGGAGUAUAAGUCGCUCCGGAGGAUAAGUCGCACCGGCCGAAAAUGCAUUAUAAAGAAGGGAAAAAACAUAUAUAAGUCGCACUGGAGUAUAAGUCGCAUUUUUGGGGGAAAUUUAUUUGAUAAACCCCAACACCAAGAAUAGACAUUUGAUAGGCAAUUUAAAAUAAAUAAAGAAUAGUGAACAACAGGCUGAAUAAGUGUACGUUAUAUGACGCAUAAAUAACCAACUGAGAACGUGCCUGGUAUGUUAACGUAACAUAUUAUGGUAAGAGUCAUUCAAAUAACUAUAACAUAUAGAACAUGCUAUACCUUUACCAAACAAUCUGUCACUCCUAAUCGCUAAAUCCGAUGAAAUCUUAUAUGUCUAGUCCCUUACGCGAAUGAGCUAAAUAAUAUUAUUUGAUAUUUUGCGGUAAUGUGUUAAUAAUUUCACACAUAAGUCGCUCCUAAGUAUAAGUCGCACCCCCGGCCAAACUAUGAAAAAAAAACUGCGACUUAUAGUCCGAAAAAUACGGUACGUAUUAUCAUUUCAUCAGUGAUCAUUUUGGUCUCAAGAAAAUAAUGGCAAUAAUAUCGUUUCUCUGCAAUAAUCUGUAGGUCAACACAUCAUCGGACAAAAUGUGUUAUCGGCCCAGGCCUAUCAACAAAGUGAAAUUACUUUUGAAAACUUUCAACAAGUUUACUUCAGGUCCUUCCCUGCCCAUUAGGACGUUUCAAAGUGUAAAAUAUGAUCAGCCUUAAACACGGAGUAUUUUAUUUUGUAAACCGCAUCAUUUAUUUUGUGCGUGACUUCCUGUCCCACACAAGCAGAUUUUAGCUAAAUUGAUUUGCUGUAUACCCCCUGCGACCCCAAGAGGGACACGCGGUAGAAAAUGGAUGGAUGGAACGCUGUUGUGUUGCGGGGACCGGCAAAAAUAGAAGCUCUGCGUAUAUUUAGCCCAGGGAAGCGGUACGGCACAGGUAUGGCAGCACCAUGCGCAGGUGGUCCACCAGUAAACUGACACAUUGACUAGAAGUUAAAGUUAAAGUACCAAUGAUUGUCACACACACACUAGGUGUGGUGAAAUGUGUCCUCUGCAUUUGACCCAUCCCCUUGUUCACCCCCUGGGAGGUGAGAGGAGCAGUGGGCAGCAGCGGUGCCGCGCCCGGGAAUCACUUUUGGUGAUUUAACCCCCAAUUCCAACCCUUGAUGCUGAGUGCCACGCAGGGAGGUAAUGGGUCCCAUUUUUAUAGUCUUUGGUAUGACUCGGCCAGGGUUUGAACUCACUCUAAGUGUCCGCCCUGAGUAGAUUAGAAAGAAAAUGGAAAGAGUCUGUUGCCGUGGCGGUGCCAUUCUGUAGCUGUUAUGCAUCCAUGGAAACCUGGGGUAAGAGUGUCUAAAUUACGUUAUAGUGUCAAAAAAUAGCAGUUAAAAUGGGAGUCAAUGAGGCCGAAAAUGUUCUGAAGAGAAAAUGUGUAUACUUUGUUUAUAUCCUAUUCUAACAAUGUCACCAUCAAAAACACAAUGUUGUUUUAAUUAAAAUCAAUUUGUAAAAAAAAUACCUGGCAAAAUUUCCGACCACGAACCUUCAAACAUCACAUAAGGAACACAUGUCAUGCCUUAUUGUUGCACAAGGGUUAAAUGGAUUAUUUUAUAAUUGAGAGUAUCAAAAACAGGUAUUUGGGGGGCUUUUAUUUUUUUGAGUGCGUCUAUUAUUUUUCAUUCGCUUGGGCCUUCGAACGUAAGCCUUGAAAAUACAGAGGUCUGGACUUGUACGAUAAGGACCUUCUCAUGCAAUGGGGAACUAAAUGAGGACAUUAAACUGAUAAUUCAUAGUAAUAAUAACCUAGUAAGUGAACAUGUUUACACCGGAAGAUGUAAAGCAGAGGAACCAGUCUGUGCUUUAAUAGUUAGAAUGACGAGUCUGUAGGAGUCAGGUUAGUUCUCAUGCAUGAUAGUGAAGACACACCAUUCAUUAUAGGUUAAGAAGUAUUGUAAAAAGAUCAUAAAUAUAAUCUUUGGAAUAUGUGCAGUAAGAUCUUAAGGUACAGUACCAUUGAAAAUAGCAUUUUUUUAAAAAGUUUUCCAAAGUUUAUUUUACUUGAUACGUCUGCGUUUACGGACAUAUUCAUGCAGUUACAUUUAAGUUGCUAGUCGUGUUCUAAAUGGCGCACUACUACACGCAGUUGGAACACACUCAUUCAAAGUGCUAAGUGUGGAAGUGUGGGAUUAUUUGGAACACUGCCACAGUUUCAUGGCUGGCAAGACAGGAAGUAAAAGUUGCCAGUGUCAUUUACAGUUAAGCCAAACAUCAGUUUACAUCAACAAAACCUUAAGGCCGCAUACAGGAAGUGGAGAAAAAUGAGACCCGCUUUGCGUUAGCCAUGAUGAAGCACUUCUGCCUUAGGAAAACAACUUUUUUCUGUACAUAUAUUUCUACAUUUGUAUACUUUACUAAACCGUAGAAGCACAUAUGCAGGUUUUUUUUCUUCUUUUUUCUAACAAAAUAAAAGACUAGAGUCUUUUGUACUGUC